AUGUCAAAUGCCUCUCUUGAAAUGGUAGAAGAAGUACCAAAAUGCAAGAUAUGCCACGAGGAGCAGGAGGACGUGGAGCCACUCUUCCACCCGUGCAAGUGCAAGGGAUCCAUGAAGUUCAUCCACGACACGUGUCUCAGAGAGUGGAUCAAGGGAUCAAAGGAGCCAUCUUGUGGAAUAUGCGGGCAUAAAUUCACAUUUAAGUCUGUUUACAAAGAAAACACCCCAAAGAGACUCCCAGCCUAG